AUGGAAAAUGAAAACAACAUGGACAAUAUAUCGUUAAACAAUUUUUCGAUGCAAACCAAUAACUCAGUGCCUACAGAACAAGAAACCGUUAUAACUAGCCAACCAUCAAAUAGUGAUGUUCCUGGAUCUCGAAGACCGAUUCCUGUAUCGCUUAUUGAACAAGAUUAUAGACGAACAAUUUAUCCAGCUUCAGGUCUAGGUUUUCUCAUCGAAGCUAAUCAGCUGAUAAUACAACAAACGGUUGAACUGACUGAUUUACUAUCUAAUAUAUGUUCGGAAAAUCGAUAUACCGUAAAGAUGCCGAGAGGUGAUACUUUAUAUUAUGCUACCGAAAGUUCAGAGGAUUUCCAGAGGACUUGUUUUGGUUCAGGCAGAUCGUUUAGUAUGAGGUUAUAUGAUCGAACUCAGCAAGAAUCUUUGAUUUUAGAACGGCGACUGGCUUGUGGUAACUGCACCUUUUGGUGUUAUCUACAGAAAAUGGAAGUAUGGAUACCUCCGGGAGAAUUAGUAGGGACCAUAAGCCAAAAUUUCUCAUUUUCAAUGAAAGCUAGCUUUAAUGUUUAUAAUAGGCAUUGGGAGCUGUUAUAUAGAAUAGAAGGUCCUAGUUCAUUUGGAUGUCUCCUGGGAAAAACACAAAAUUUUCAGAUAUACAAUUUUGACGGAUCUACUCAAAUAGGAAGCAUUAUUUACCAAUGGGAUCAGGUUCAAGUUUCCUAUAAUAUGUUACUCCAAAUGCCCAGUAAUAUUACUGAAACGAAGCAUAAAGCUCUUUUAUUGGGAUCUGCUUUUCUUCUGGAAUAUAUGUUUUUUGAAAGCAGUAAGAAAAAAACUCGUUGCAGAUGCAUCUGUUAG